AUGGAUAAGAGCGUUUGUGUGAUCUUCAAAUUAUAUUUCUUUGGUUGGUUAUUAGAAAAAGCACGCUUGGAAUACUUAGAAUACUUAGGAUGCAUUAUAAGUUUCUCCAAUAUUUGCAUCAGUGUUUCGAAAAUAUUUAUGAACGACUUCUUUAUGUACUUAGAUGAGUAUUACCAAGGGAUCACUACUGAUAUAUCUACCCACUUAUUGUAUCUCGAAGACACACUAAAAAGACUACCCCGGACGAUUAAAUCGUCCAUUGGUGAAUACACCUAUGAUUUAUCAUCUACUUCUGGUUCCCAACCUGGAUUACUGUAUGGCUUCACAAAAGUACACAAACCUAAUAUUCCACUUAGACCCAUUAUUUCAUCCAUUGGCACAUUCAAUUAUAAUACUGCUAAAUUUCUGGUUCCCAUCUUGUCUCCUUUAACUACCAAUAAGUAUACCACUGAUAAUUCCACAACCUUUGCUAAUGAAAUCACAUCCCUAGACCCCAAACAACCCGUCACUAUGGCAAGUUUUGACGUGGAAUCGCUGUUCUAG